AACAAGUGGUUGAGCGAGCGGUCUCUUCAGUAUUGAGCGAACAGACGCAAAUGCCGUUACGAGCUCGCUGCCAUUGAAGCCGACUGAGUGCCGUUACAGGAAGCUGUGACGCUGAGACGCUGAGACGCCGAGACGACUCUGAAGCUGAAAAAGAAUCAGCAGCAGCAACAACAGCAGCAGCAGCAGUGCGGGAGUAAGGAGAUUGGGAGAGAGUGAGAGAAGACACAGCAGCCAGCCAGCGGCCGGGACGAGUGAAAUUCGAGGCACGAAACGAAUGCGCACGACCGCCACCCGAACGCACACACACACACGCCCAGAUGGGCAUAUCCUACAGUUGAAAUACGAAACGCCUUGAGCAGAGACAGCAGCAGCAGCAGCAGCGGGAGCACCAGCAGGAGCAGCAACAGCAGCAGCGCCAGCGACAGCGAAGCGACCCAAAACGCGUCAGGAUUCCAAGCAAAAGGCAGACAAACGGGCGAAACCUGCUGAGACGACUCGACGAGUCCUUGCGUGUCGGUUCACAGUGCGGAACACUAGAAAAACAGACCAGAAAAAGAAGUAUAUCCAAACAACACUCACAGCACAUCACAUAUGAAAAAGUUCCCCCCAUCAAUAACCGAAAAGCAUACGAAUUCCGAAAUUGUGAAAGCGAAACAAAGAGUAAAUGAUUUCAAACAAAUAUUCUCAAAUCGAAACCAAGCGAAGUGAAGUUAUCUUUCAAAUAAGUUCUGAAAAUCAUUUCCAAGUGAAUUUUAAUUAAUGGAAUCGAAGAAAUUAAACCGCUAACCGAUAACCAAAACCGAAAUCGAAACCGAAAACAAAGUGCCGUACCGUACGCCGAAUGCCAUAAGAAAGAAUACAAAUAAAAAGUGCUAAAAGUUCCUUAAACCAAUAUAAUACAAAAAAAAAUAUUGUUAUAACUAAAAAAUAUACAAAUUAUACACCAAAAAUAUUCUUUGCAUUUUAACAAACAAAUAAACGAAAAAGACCAAAGUGCCGUGCAAGCUGAAUUUCUUGAGGAAAAGUAGUUGGAAAACUCAAGAAUAGGAAUAAGCAUAAGCCCAGGGAAAUAACACAUUCAAGAUACUAAUAUACACAGAGACUUAUCUUUUUUGGUGGUGGUGUGUAGCAAGCCUCCUUGUCAGCAAAACGGACAAGGGGAAGGACACGAGAAGUAGCUGUAGAGGCAGGUCUAGAACAGCAAUACCGUACCGACGCGUCGGACACGGACGGGCAGCAACUAGUUGUUAGACCCUGCACCCUCCAUCCCUAGUUGGAAGAGCGAGCACUGUCUUGCAGAGUUGUUGGGGCGUGCGGCCGUGUGUGUGUGUGUGUGUGCUAGUGUGUGUGUGUGGGGGAAAGGCCAACAAGGUUCAAACCCUCAGCAACAACAGCCGCAUCUCAUCGGGAAACUCCAACCAGCUCCAGCUCCAGCUCCAGCUCAAACUCCAACGCAAACUCAAACUCCGGGACUGAAAGUAGACAAUUGAUUAUUGAUUUUGUCUAAGGCUGCGCUGUGUGGAACUUCGCAGCUUAACAGGCCACAAAACAAACUUGGCACAACACGGCCCCGAGGAAAGACAGCAGUAAAAAGCAACAGCGGAGAAGGAGAGACGAGACAAAAAAAACUGCGAGAAGAAAGUGCAAGACAAAAACGCGUUGAAAAGCAGCCGAGGCGCGGGACGACAGCGCAAGAAACAACGAAACUAACUGUCGCUUGCCUGUGUUGGGCAAUGCUAGCCGUAGGCCGUCACAGUGUUGGGCAGCGGCGCGCGGCAUGAAGACCUACAAGAGCUUCGAAAGUGUCAACCGAAUAGAGUAAUUGUAGUCGCCCAGCGACCAACCGAGAGAAAAGCAAGCCAGUACUCUGAAUUGCAGCCCUUUUCCCCCUUUCCAGCGUCUCUGCGUCCCACCGUCUCACCUCUCUUGGUCGGAAUAUUUCGCCCAAAUCUUCUCCCCCAAAUCACUGUCGGGACCUGAGGGACCACUAAACCGUCAAAAUAACUUGUAAAAUUGAGAAACUUCGCCAAAUCAACAAACGGAAAAUGUUCUUCUCGCUGGCUCAGACGUUCGUCUGCGUGCUACUCAUCCAGGGCGGCCUCUACGCGCUGCACCUGAGCGGCAAUGGCGAGAAGUCCCCUCCAUCCUCCACCGUCAUGAUGGGACCGGCGGACGGCACCUCAGACACCUCAUCUUCCUCCUUUAUGGCCUGGAAGCCGCCGCCGCCGGCUCAGCAGCAGCAGCAGCAACACCAUCAACAACAUCAACAACAUCCGGGUGUCGCCCAGUCGGGCGGUGGACACGCCUCGCACCGAUCCGCUGCAGCGGCCGCCUACGACGCCACUACGGUGCGGCUGAACAAGGAGAUCGCGGACAUGGCACAGCUGGAGCGGGAGCGGCUCAUGCUCCUCGCACGGGCAGGCAAGCAGACGGCGGAGAGCAACGGGCCGGCGGGUCAUGGCGGUCGCGGACACCAGUUCAUUGCCGGACGCAUUCAGAUGCAGCCCAGCGAGGAUCUGGAUGUGGGCGACUAUCCGGCGCUGCUGCAGCAGGCAGCCAGAGGCUUCAUAUUUGGCAGCGUGCAGAAGGAGCCGCCUACUCCGCUCGAAGACGACUACGUACAGCCGCGGGAGCUGGAUAGCCAUGCCGUCAAGUACUACGGGCGGGUGGUGGAGCCCGCGGAUCGCGAGGAGGAGGUAGAGCCACUCUACGAGCCUCUGCACUCCUUUGGGGACUUUGACGACUUCUCUGAGCUGGACCAGGAGCCGCACCUCGGCGAGGACGAGCUGCUGCGCGAGCUGGAUACCUAUCAGUACCACGGCAUGGAGGAGGAUUCGCCGCUGCCGGAGAACCCGUAUCGCACCCUGGAACAGCUCGAGCUGAGUGCGCCCGAGUCCAUGCAGCAGCUCUUCGAGCAGGAUCACCGCGACGGGCAUCCGGCCAAGAUGGCUGGUCACCCGGGCCCCUCCCAUCCCGGAAACUUCAACAUUCGCAUGCAGCAGAAGUGGGCCCGGAAACGGGGUGGAGCCGCCGUUGGAGUCGGACCGGAUAGGCAGCCCUCGCUGCAGCGCAACAUCUUCGGGCAGCACUUCAAGCAGCAGCGUGGACUACUCUCGCUGGCCAACUCCGAGGCCACGGCCAGCAAGCAUCUCAAGGCGAGUACCCGUUCCGGCGGCCUCAGUCUCAAUGCUCCCAAGGAUAACGAAAAGCCAGCCCAGACAGCCGCAAGUGGACUAGCAGCAGCCGUCGGAGGCAGUGCCUCUGGUGCCGCCAGUCAGCAGCAGAACAAACAGCAGCACGAAUCCACAUCUGGAGAUGCUCAACAGCAGCAACAGCAGCAACAGCAGCAGCAGCAGCCGAAUACGCAGGACAAGAAGGAGUCCGAGCAACAGUUGCUGCAUCCCAACCACAAGCGUUCCGGCAGCGUGAACUCCGCCGGAGGGGCAGCGCAGGGCGCCGGAUACGCAGCGCCAUCCAUCUCCCAUAGCGUAGCCAGUCAGUUGAUGCUGCGCACGGCCCGCGGCCAGCGGCAGUACGAUGUGCCACAAAUCGAGUGUCCCACCGCCAUGGAUGGCAUGGAGCGAUUCGCCUGCCCCGUACCCGACCGGCAGGGACGGUACCGCUGCAUAGACGAUCAUGUGCUGUGCGACGGCUUCAUCGAUUGCCCCGACGGCGAGGAUGAGGACCGAAGAUCCUGCAUGUUCUACAAGACGACGAAGGCUCAUUUGGACGUGUUAGCGGAUGCAUUACUGCGAUGGGCGCGAGGGCGUUAGGCUCCAUCCCCCGCCUCCACCCUCCCCCUCCCCCUCCCGCUCACGCAAACACUUCUUAGAGACACAGAUACACAAACUGGAUACAAAAUACACCUAGAAAACCGACGUUAAUCAUAAAUGACUUACAACUAGUUUUAAACAUUUCCAAAUCGAUGAAAGCCCCCGUUUUGUUUAAGCCCCAAGACACACACACAACCCCAACCAACCCGCCUGCCCCCUGAAGAGAGCAGGUUCACCCAUAGACCCGUAGACCCGCCAUAGACCUCAAAUCACAGCAAAAUACGAAAGAAUGAACUUGCUGCCUGUAAAAAGCCUGCACGGAUUUCCAAGUAAAGUAUAAACCAUGAGGAAAACUAAGCAAAACAAAUGAAACGAAGCGAAUCGAAACGAAUCGAAUCGAAUCGAGACGAGUUGAUUCGAGUCGAGUCGAGUCGAGUCGACGAUUAUGCAUAAGGAAAAGGUAUGAUUAUUAUAACACUAUUAUUAUUAAUUAUCAACUAAAAGGAAAAGCAAAAACGAAGCGAAAACGAAAACGAAAAAAAGAACAGUGGAACGAAGGCAGAAUCCAAGCGGCAGAAUCCUAAGCGCUUAAUUAGAAUUCAACCAAAAAGAUAAAAACAUAAAAAGAAGACUUUUUUCAUUAUUUUGAAUUUGUUUCGCGAGAGCAAAAACGAAAAACAAAAACAGAAAGAAAAGAAGAGAUAAGAAAAAGCAAAAGCAAAAUCAGAAUCAGGCCUACCUAUUUUUAGUACAUAUUAAAUAAAUAUAUUAUAAAUAUAUCUAACUAUAUAAAUAUAUUUCGUGUAAAUUAUUUAAUUAUAUGUGUAUUAAAGAUUAAAUGAUGUUAAAUAAACAGCAAGAAAAUAAAUCAAAACGAUGCGGAUAGGCGAAAAGAAAAUUAAAAUUAAAUACAAACAAAAAUAC